CCAAUUGGAAGGUUGGCUCCUUCACGUGGUCCUCAGCGGCCAAUGAGAUUUUCCCAGUCGCCGGCGAGGCCGCCUCCCUUCCGUGGUCGCCCAGCUCGGCGAAAUGGCGGUGCCCCGGGGACGGCGGCUGCUGUGGUACGGCCGGUGCUGGUUCUCGCAGGUGGAGUCCGCCGUCCCACCGCAGCCCCCCGACUCGCUGUACCCCCCCAUAGUGGCUUCCGCCACGGCGAAGAGCAAAGUGGCGAAGCGGCGGCGCCUGGAGUAUUUCAAGCAGAGGGUACAUGGGGCGGCCUCCAUCGAGGAGAAGCUGCGGCUCUACGGGCAGCUGCAGCGGCCCAAGUACAUGGUUUACCCUCAGACCUUCGCCCUCAACGCCGACCGCUGGUACCGGAGCUUCACUAAGACCGUCUUCGUGCCGGGCCUUCCCCCGAAAGCGGCGUCGGCAGCCGCGAAAGCCCCGGGAGCGGUGGCGCCGGAGGCCGCGAAGCCCCCGCCGGGAGUGGCACCCGAGGCCUCCAGAGCCGCGGAGCCGGCAGCAGCGGCUGCGAAAACCCCGGAGCCCGCGGCGGGAGCGGCGCCGUACCUGGAUUUGGGCGAGCUGCGCUCCCUGGCCUGCGACGCUCUUCUUCAGGAGAGCUUCUACCAGAAUAAGAAGCGGCCGUACCUCUGCCGCGAUAACGAUCACAGGCCCGGCCCGUUCCUUACACAGCUCGUCUCCACCCUCGCCGCUUUCCUGUCUGGUCGCAACCCGUUGCUGGCAGCCUCCUCCCUUGAUCUAAAACCUGAAGUUAACUAUUACUGGCAUCACGGUGAGGAAGUUGUUGUUCAUGGACAUCGAAAGGGUAGAGUUGAUCCUGUGCGAUUUCAGAUAGACGAUAACCCACACCUCCAGAUCCGUAUACCAAAGCAACUUCCAGAGGUUGUACCACUGGAAUCAGAUCUUGGAGAUGUUCCUGUUAUUGAUCACAAACCAUCCAAACUGCCACUGUUCAAAAAGCAGUAUGAAAACAAGGUAUUUAUAGGAUCAAAGGUGGCAGAUCCGUGCUGUUAUGGACACACCCAGUUUCAUCUUAUUCCCGAUAAACUAAAACGGGAGAGGUUUAUAAGAGCACAUCUUGAGGAUCAGAUUGAAGUUGUGUAUCGAGCUAAUGGUAUUGCAAGUCUCUUUGCCUGGACAGCAGCACAAGCAAUGUAUCAGGGAUUCUGGAGUGAAGCAGAUGUGACCCGUCCUUUUGUAUCACAGGCAGUAGUGACUGAUGGAAGAUACUUUGCUUUCUUUUGUUACCAGCUGAAUACUUUAGCAUUAACUGUAGAAACUAUUCAAAAUAACCCCCGGAAGAAUAUCUGUUGGGGUACAGACAGUAAGCCAUUGUAUGAUGUUGUGGAAGAUGGUAGUGUGAAAGGUUUUAAUGAUGAAGUUCUGCUUCAGUUGGUUCGUUUUCUGUUAAACAGACCAAAAGAGGUAUAAAUCAUUAAACAAUAAAGUAUUCCUGUUUAUGUGCCUGAA